GCGCAAAGAGACGUAAACCCGCCCGCAAGCUACAAAGACCCACUAGCUUUAAAAUCCACUAAGCCUAAUGAAGCUGCGACCUCUGGAAGGUCUCAGAGAAAAUGCAAUACGACAUAACUUGAUGCUGAGCUGUCAAGGUCUCAAGUGACGAUAAGAGCUUUAGCCAGAUCGGAAUUUUCAAGGGCUUUCUUCUUGACAAAGUUCAUGUUCUUGCCGCAUCUUCCCUUGGUGCUCCGCCUUACUUAUUGAUUCUUGCCACCAUGGCUUCCUGGGAUUACAUUGCGAAGCUGGUCUGCAUCGGAGACAGUGGCACGGGAAAAUCAUCACUUACGAUACGACUCUGCGAAGGCCGAUUUUCCGCUCAGCAUGAUGUAACAAUCGGAGUUGAAUUUGGCUCUCGAAUUAUGCCCGUUGGCCCUCCUCAUACUCCAAUACAGAAGCCCGAAAUCUCAAGAACUUCUUCAGUAGCAGAUAUCUCGGAAGGAUUACCAGAGCCAAGGCGGAAAGAACCAGAAAUCGAACAAAAGCAUAUGAAGUUAAGUUUAUGGGAUACUGCGGGCCAGGAAACAUACAAAAGCGUUACGAGAAGUUAUUUUCGCGGUGCUUCAGGAGCUUUAUUGGUGUUCGAUAUCUCGAGGAGGCCGACCUUUCUCCAUGUCAUGGACUGGUUGAACGACUUGAGACAGAUUGCGGAACCGGACAUUGUCGUGGUUUUGGUUGGCAAUAAGAGUGAUCUUGCAGAUGAGAACAAGCGCGAAGUAACUCAAGUCGAGGCGGAAGAGUGGGCCAAGAAGAAUGGCGUCCUGGAAUAUGUUGAGACGAGUGCGAAAAGUGGCGAGGGUGUUGAGAUGGCCUUUGGAAGGGUGGCAGAGAGGAUAUACCAGAAUGUCGAAGCUGGAAAGUACGAUUUGAAUGACCGAAGAUCAGGAGUCAAGGGACCUCCUGUAGGAGGAAAUAAAGGAGUGAAAUUGGGGACGCAGGGAAAGAAGUCUGGCUAUGGUGGAUGCUGUUGAUACGGAAAUAGCUGGAGCUGUAUAUACGUUGCUUGUGCAUUGCUGGCGUUGGGAGCAGGUGAAUAUACCAUGAGCAUGGAGGGCGUUGAACAAUGAAGCAGGAGUUUUCGAGUUGUCG